AAUGCAAAGGUAUGAUGUUAUUUGUCACCAUGCCCAAAAAAGUCCUUACUUGAUAACUUUGCCAGAAGAGGGAGAGAGAGAGAAGGCAAAUGUUCUCCCAGCUGUUUCCUGUCUACAGUGUCUGUGUUUUGUAGAUAAAUGUGAGGAUUUUCUCUAAAUCCCUCUUCUGUUUGCUAAAUCUCACUGUCACUGCUAAAUUCAGAGCAGCUAGAGCCUGCGCAAUGGAAUAAAGUCCUCAAAAUUGAAAUGUGACAUAGCUCUCGACAUAUUCCCCCAUCUCUCUGGAUUCCUCUUCUCCCAUUAUUACUGCUCACCAAUUCAUUUUCAGACUUUGCACUUCAGGAGCAAUGGACAAAUUCAACAGUCUUUCAACACAAUUCUCUAAGUGCUGCCUUUGUGAUUUCUUGAAGGUGAAGAUGCAUACUGUGUCCUCCAUCCAUCUCUUCUACCUGGCCUUGUGUUUGCUCACCUUGACCAGCUCAGCCACAGCGGGGCCGGAGACUCUCUGCGGAGCUGAGCUGGUGGAUGCCCUUCAGUUUGUUUGCGGAGAAAGAGGUUUCUACUUCAGCAAGCCCACUGGGUAUGGCUCUAGCAGUCGGCGUUUACACCACACAGGCAUCGUGGAUGAGUGCUGCUUCCGGAGCUGUGAUCUGAGGCGGUUAGAGAUGUACUGUGCGCCAAUUAAGCCAGCCAAGUCAGCUCGCUCGGUGCGUGCCCAACGCCACACCGAUAUGCCCAAAGCCCAAAAGUAUCAGCCCCCAUCCACCAACAAGAGAACGAAGGCUGAGAGGAGGAGGAAAGGUGGGCCAGAGAAACACCCAGCAGGGGAGCAGAAUAAGGGAAGAGAAGAGAGACAGCAGAGCAGAGGAAAGAAGAAAAAGCAGAGGAGGGAGACUGGAGAUAGAAAUACUGAACGCAGAGGAAAAAACAGGAAAAUGGAGAGAAGGAAUAAACAGACAGAGGCAAGGACUAUGAGAAAGAAACAAAAAUCAGGAAACAUUAUAGAAAAAAGAAGAAAAGUAUUGUGGCAAUAGAUGGCACAGAUAAUGAAAUGAGAAAAAAAGGAAACCUUGGGUAGGACAAGACAUGGAAAAAACCAAGUAUCUGGAGAGAAGGGGAUUAUGUCAGAGCAAAUCCAAAGGCAGAUACGAGAAGGAAAAAAUACUAAAAAUAGAAAAACUAGGCAGGUGAAACACAGCCAUAAUAAUAAGAAUGAAAUAAUAUAAUAUAAUAAUAUUAUAUAAUAAUAUAAUAAGAAUAAGAAUGAAAGAAACUAAAAGGAAGGUGUUUGGGGUGGGGGGGAGUUUAAAGUCUUUUUUUAGGAACACUUUCAAAGUUUUACAUGGGAAGCAAGGUUACUUCCAUUGUUGCAUAUGCACUCAAAGGCUGAGUUAAAAAUUAGCAAGCAUUUGAACAGAACUGUCUAUGAACACUCACAGGUACCUUUCCCCACAUGGUUCAUUUCCCAAUCCUCUUCAGGGUCAAACUCCCCCAGAGGUCAAUGGGAACAUUUUAGAGAAUUACGGGAUCUCAGGAUUGGAAAAGUUUCAAGAGAUCAUCUUGUCCAACCCCUUGUCUGAGGCAUAACUUGAUCCAAUGACCAAUGAGGUAGCCUGCCUCUUUUUUACUUUAAACUGGGGUACAGAAGGGUGAAAUUAGGGGAGAAGCAGUGUCCUGGGACCUCCUGAUCUCAUAUCCUUGAAUUACACAGCACAUACAUACUUGUAUAUGCACACAUAUACACAUACAUACAUGCAUGCAUGUAUACACACACACAAGAAACAGAUAUUCCAGGUCUUAGAUCCUGGAAGAUUUUACUCCACAAAAGAGAGUUUAAAGUUGUUUCUGCUCUGGAGAGUAUGGCCAAAACCCCUAGCAAUUAGAAGUUUAUGUUAAGUCUUAAUUAAAAGUUCAGAAGUGAAAUUGAGCGGCAUCAUGGCAUAGUACAUAGAAAGCUGACUUGGAAUUAGGAAGAUGUGAGUUCAAAUUCUGCCUUUGACACAUACUGUCUGAGUAACCCUGGAUGAGUCACAUAACUUCUCAGUGCUCUAGUCAACACUCUAAGACCAUAGCUUGCAGAGGAAGUGAUAACCUGCAUUGAUAGAGGGAAUUUCCUCACUCCGGAGUUCCCAAUACUAAUGAAAUCUCAGGUCUAGCCCCUACUCCUCUCCCUAGCCUCCAAAAUACCAAGACAACAGUGUUUCAGGGAAGUAGUAUGGAAAAGUGGGAAGAGAAUUUCAAGUAAAAAGACUGAGUUCAAAUCUUAAUUCUGCCACUAUCUCUAUGACCUUGGGCAAGCUACUUCAAGAAAAAGCCAAGAGUACUUCUUCUUCUGUGACCUUCUGCUUUGGAAACCCCCUUACCAAGUCCCUGUGGUUCAUUGAAGACCCAGAAUUCCUUGAAUGGGGACACAGAGAUGUCCAGGCAUGACCAAGGAAAGGAAGUGAAUGAAAGAAUUGGGUGAAAUCAAUCAAUCUCCGCAGCUGCCAUUAGAACAGCCUUUUGGCCUCUCAAAGCAGAAUCAAGGGAUGACCUUAUAAUCAGAAGAAACUCAAGUUCCCUCUUCAUUUGCCCAGGCAAUUACAAAGUACAGUCCUUACACUCAGUUCUAAUCAUUUUAAUACCACAGGAUGGAGCUGUUGCCUCGACGUGUUCCUGCAAUUAAGAAUGCCAUUAAGGAUCUCCCUUGGAUAGAUCCAAAGAGUCCCUAAAAUGUCGGGCUUCUGCCCUCCAUUCUCUUCCCUGGCUCUUGAUAUAGUGCCAAAGUCAACUCAAAGCUUGGACUUCGAUGGUGAAGGCAUUGGGUGAAUGGCAACAAGGCAAUCCUCUUAGCCAUCACCUGAAACUUGGGUGAAAAGAACACUGGAUUUGGAUUCAGGAUAUAGGUUGGAACCCAUACUCUGCUACUUCCUAGCUACAUGACCUUCAAGUUACUGCCCAUUUCUGAGUGUCAGUUUGAUCACCUGUAAAAUAAAGAGAUUGGGAUAGAUGACUUUGAGGACCCUUCCAGCUCCAAGUCCAUGAUCCUAAAUCAUUUCACCUCUCUCUCUGUCUCCUUAUCUAUAUGAUGAGAGGGUUGGUCCCUUCCAACUUUAAAGCUAGGAUUCUAUGUCCUUGUAAACUUUCAAGGAGGCACUCUGGUACAAUGCUUUGGAGUCAAAGGACUUGGGUUCCAAUCCUGUCUUUGACACUUCUUGUGUGACUUUGGGCAAGUCACUUGACUCCCCUUGGCCUGCAUUUCUUCAUCUGUAAAAAGAAGAGAUAAGCCUCCAUAUUGACUUCCAGCUCUAGAUUUUCGAUCAUCUCCUCCCUAACACAAACUUCCAUUCAAUAGGAAUGUAACAAUAGCCUGUUCCCCACCCUUAAGGUAGCAUGGUACAGUGCGGAGAGUGUUGGCUUUAGAGUCAGAAGACCUGGGUUCAAAUCCUGGCUCUGCCAUGGACUACUUUUGUGACCUUGGGCAAGUCACUUAACUUCUCUUGGUCUCACUUUC